AAAAGUGGCCAGAAACAAAACCAUAAACAACCACUUUUGACGUUGACGGCCGUUUGAAAAAAGUGACAAAAACCGAACGCAAAUCUGCAAAUAUUUUAUCUUGGAAAAAAUAUAUAAAGUGAAAAAACUAUGUACGUUCACAUACAUUAGGAAAGUGUCGUUUUUAUUGAACUCUAAAGAAUGAGUGUGUAUUUACGUUGCGGAUUUGUUUACGUUUGAUAUCAACUAUGUAUACACUGAAGGGAAUAUUCCCUGAACCAAAGAAAGAACAAAAAAAAAAUUUCAUCAGAGAAAAUAUGAAACAACUAAAAUUUAUUCAAGGUAAAUCGCCAAAGGAACCAAAGUAUCCGAUAAAAAAUUUAAACGCUCCGCGCUUAUCCAACACGGCCGGCAGCUCUCUCAGCCAAGUAAAAUCUUCACCGUCAACUAAAAGCGGUAAAGUUACACUUAACGUUGGCAAGACAAGCUUGACAAAUUCUAGAAAAAAGCACACAGAUGUGAGAUUAAAGAAGGGUGACAUGGCUGAAUUCUUGAAACGGAAAGAAAUGAGACAAACAAAGCCAGUAGAGGACUCUCCAGAUGAAGACUUAAAGUCUUCAGAAUCAUCUGGACGCCUAAGGGAUGUUGGCUGCCAGACAAUUGAAUCAAAUCUUGCACAAAGACUUGCCGAAAGUGCUAAACUUACUGUUCUGUACCCUAAAAAUGAUGUUGAGGAGAGUGAUGUUAAAUUGAAAGCAAGUGGGGAUACAGGACAACACAGCAGCCCACCACCUUCACAAACGCCGAGACGCGCCGGUGACAAUCUCCUUGACAAUGAAAGAAACCGCAGUCGACUUAAUGCAAUAUUGGAAAGGAAAGAUGCCAAAGACCCUUACUUGCCAUCAGGCUACCAAAAAGGAGUAUUACCGAAAUACCUUCGUGAGCGCAAGGAGCAAAUACAGAAGGAGGCAGAGGGCGCCACUGUUGAUGAUGAACACACCAGCUGCCCCCCUGGACAUGUAACUUUGCCUGAUACGGAACGGAAAGAAACACUGAGAAUGCUCAGAAAUAGUUUUGCAGAAUUGGUUAGCGAAUUAAACAAAUUACCAGUAAAGACUGACACACUGAAAAUGAGGAACAGAAAAAUGGAGCUUGAAAAACAAUUGGCAAAGCUGGAAGAAGGAAUCAAGGUUUUUUCCAGACCAAAAGUGUUUGUGAAAAUUGGAGAGUGAAAUUCUUUCCAUACACUGAGUUUUGUAAGGAGUGGUAGACAUAUGCCAUAUUGUUUUUGGUGAUAUUUUGGCCUAAGAUCCUCUGUAAUCUGAGGUAUUCCAUGGUUCUGCAGUUGCACUCCGUCCAUUUAAAGUCAAAAUUUUGUGUACAAAGAAAUCAAAUUUUUGUGAUCUCAAGUCCUUAAGUUAAUUUCGUGACCUGACUACAAACUACAAUUGAACAAAACAUUGUCUAUGGUCUUGUGAGUAAAUUGUCCUGUGUGUGUCCCACAACUAGUUUUUAGUCAGGUUGCAUUAGUAUAAUGUAUGUUGGUAAUUUGUUGUAAUUAAUAUAACAUAUAUUUGUACUGUUUACAGUGGUUUCUAUAGCGUUUUUGGAGAUUUAAAUACAACUAUUGAGUUAU